AAACAGGAAAUACAAAGAGAAAGUGAAAGUUGUACGUUUUAAUAAAUAACCCACGCCACAUGGUCUUACAACUGUUUCUUAGAAAUCCGCUCUAGUGACUGUUCAUUGAGUCUUAUAGAGCAUCGAGAAACCUAGGAAAAUGGCUUCUGCGGACCAAAAUGCGGCAACCGGGUCCGCAACUGGCCAAGAUGCAGCGAACGGAAGACGAGAGAGAAGUUACGAAGUGCCUCGCAUAUCAAAGCCUGAUAUAUUCAUGGCUUUAGCCCUAUGGAUGGAACGAUCGCCACUCGCUCAGUCUCCCAGUGAAUAUUUAGCAAGUGAAGAACAGGAUAUCAAGAUCAAUAAGAGUGGUGCUGUAUUUGUACUGCCGAAUGACAGAGCCUUGUCGGUUGACBGCAGUAAGGAAGGUGUUCACGCAGCGGUGAGUGCACUGAACAAGUUCGGCCAAGAAAGAGCUAAAGGGUGUCAGGUCUAUCUGUCAAGAAGGCCAUGUUCCUUCUGUGCCAAGCUGCUUGUGCAGUGCGAGGUUUCCAAAGUGUAUUACCUUCCACUAGAACCUGAGCUUGAUGAUGCCAAUGAUGUCCUUAGGGUGGAUAACAUGUUUAAGUGUUCAAGUGUUGGCUUAUCAAUCAAGGUACCAAGGAUUGAAGAAUCAGUGGUGCAAGACCUUGAUCACAGGGUGUCUCCGUACACCAAUAGGAGUCAGGCAGGUCCUGAAGGGCGUUUUGGUGAUGUUCUGUUGGCGGAAUACUGGAAUGAUGACUGGAAGGGUAGAGCAGGUGAUGUCCUCAAUUGGCCUGCAUUUGACGAGCAUUUGAAGGAGCAGAUAACUAGUGACAUGAAAAGCCUGAUGAACUGGAUUGCACUUACCACUGUCAAGGACGUACCCGACGAUAUUAUAUUUGUUGAGAUUCAAGAUAAAGAUCACAAGCCUAAGGACCAAAACCUCCCAGGAGAGAACAUCGACCAGGCAGCUAGCAGUGGACCCGGAAGUGAAGACAGCGGAAGUGCAAGAGAUGACACUCCUCAACACUCACCACUACAGCGAGCAGUGACGCAGAGUGGAGGGCUAGGGAAGCGCAAAGAAAAUAAGAAGCCUGUGUCUACUAGUGACAAGCAAUGGCAGGCUGAUACUCUGCACAUGAGUAGACUGGCCCAGAUGCUGUCCCAAAGGAGCGAUGACCCCACCAGGAGAGUAGGGUGUGUCCUGAUGGUAGGCGACGAAGUGGCUGCUAUUGGUUGGAACGGCUUCCCAGCCAAGGCGCUCUAUGGAGAGUUCCCUAGGGCAUCGAACACUGAAGAAGAAAGAAACAAGAAAGAGCCUUAUGUUAUCCAUGCUGAACAGAAUGCCCUACUGACAAAGAACAGAAACCUCCACGACGACUCUUCCAUACUCUUCAUCAACGAGGUCCCGUGCGAUGAAUGUGUUCCUCUGUUGAUUCAAGCUGGUGUCAAGAAAUUUGUCAUUCCCAAGCUUGAAGGUCCACAGAUUGGAGAAGGUCAAAUAUCUGGUCCAAGCGAUUCCAAGAAAGCCUUUAAAAGAGCCUUCGAAAAUGGAGAAAUUGAGUGUUUUGGCUCGAAAAAGUCAUCGGCUCGUAGAAACCUAUUCCAAUAACCAGAUGACUGAUUGAUCUAACGAUACAGCGAAGAGAAGAACGUAUCAACCAUUGAUAAGUAACAUGUCAAUUGGAAAUAAUAAAAUAUUAAGAAAAUAAAAAGUAAAUCCUAACAAGAAUGUGUGAUAUUAAAAAUUCAUGUAUAACACG